AGCAGUGGUAUAAAAAGGCGAGUUUCUGAAAUAGGAGAGCAAGAGACCAUCAGAUCUCCUCUGGCAGUCGUCUCACAUCUUCUACUGAACUUUACUCACAAAGUUCCUGCAGCCUGUGGUAGAUUUCAGCUCUCCAUCGCUUCACAAGAACCUCACUCGCUUUUUAAUCACUUCAGUCACACCACUCACUUACUACUCAUUCCUUACUCACCCCUCACACCAUCAUCUCACACUUCUCACACACUCCUUUUACACCCGUCACUCACUCCUCUCUCACUCUUUACACACUAAUCACACACUUCUCCACUGUGAGUCAUGAUGAAGCUCCUUGCUCUGGUGCUCCUGCUCUCCUCUUUCUCCUCACUGACCCUGAUGGAGGUUGUGAAAUCUUUUGAAAACUGUUCUUCAUUCUUCGUCAAAAACCCAAAAGAUCAAAAUGCCAUCAUCGUCCCCACUGUCUUCACUGAUGCUCGGUAUAAGAAGAUUUGUCAGCGCUGGAAAAACAAUUACAGGUUUGCCACUGUGUAUGACACUGUGAGGAGGAUCCCUGUUUACUCGGCCUACACCUUCUCAAAGCAAGUGGAAACGACACGCAAUGAUAAUUGGAAAAUUGAACCUCAGCUUGAAGAAAUCGAAGAAUAUAAAAAUAAAACAGAGAUGAUUCCACCAGAUCAGAACAAAAUAGAAAAAAUUCAAAACCAGGCAGUGAACUCUGAUUACACAAACAUUGGUUAUACUCGAGGUCACGUGUUUCCAAAAAAGUACGCUGCAAAUCAGGAUCAAGCAGAUUCCACCUUCACUUUAACCAAUAUAGCACCACAAACAAAAAACAGCAACACAGAGUGGGACAAAAAGGUGGAGAAGCCCAUGGUUGGAGUAAUAGAGCGCAUUUGCAGUCUGAACAAAGAUCAACCAGCAUAUAUUGUGACCGGGGUUGUUCCAGGGAAGGAAUGGAAAUUUAUAAGAAGAGGAGUUAAAAUAAUUAAACAUGGAAUCAGUGUUCCCAGUCACUUCUGGAGCGCUUUCUGCUGCACCGAUAGAAAUAAUAAAAAGAAACUGGUAUUUAGGGCCUACCUCGCUAAACUCGAUAAUUUUACACUCGAAACACUCGACAUUGCCGCCCUGAAUAAACAACUCACUAAACUGUAUAAAAUUACAUUUUCUGUGUUUCCAGGAUUAAAAUUUGAGAAUACAGAGCCUCUAUUCUAACCUGAAUUUCUCUAUAGAAUUCACAAUCAGUGUGUUGUGGGUGGGGCUUUUACAAGAGAGACGUGAUACCCAUACAAAUAAACAAAAAGUCAUUCAAAAUAAAAAACACAUUCCCACUCAUUUUUGCAGCGAUUUCUGUUUCAUCCAUAAAACCAAUAAUAAUCUGAUCAGUAAGAAAACUUUAAUGUCAUGAAGCCCCAUAUUGAUGUUCUGAAUGACCAGUUAUCUGCUUUGUAUCAUCAGAAUUUCAGUGUUUUUCCAGGAUUACCAGUGGAAACAAACUGAAAUUCUGUGUUUUAAAUUGAAAAAUUGCAUAAAAAACAGCUUCAUUCCUUUAGCGCAACAACAAACAUAUAAAAAUGCUCCAUUAUAAUACAUCUUAUUCUUUUCAUUGUACUGAAUCUGUGUUUAUUUACAGCUGUUUUCUCGCUGUACAGGAAGUAAACCUUUAAUUUCUUAUAGUGGAAUUGAACAGUCUGGUCACAUGGUGAUGGUGAGCAAAAAAACAAACAAAUGUGAAGUGUUGAGAAAAUUUACUGAGUGAAUAUAAAGUGAGAUACGACGUGGAAAACAUCAGAUGGAAAACAUCUCCGUCUCCAUAUUUACAUUCACCUUGAUUUCAUCUAAAUAGCUAAAAAUAAUAGAUUUGUUUUAAAGCACUCACUUCAGCACUCUUAAGAUCGUCAUGUUACACUGUGUGAUUUUUCUUUUCUCUCCUCAGUGUAAAACGAGGUCCAGUCAGUGUUUUUCCCGUUAGAAAGGUUUAAAAGCAGCAUAAAAACACUUUAAUGAUCUUCAUUUGUCCUUUAAAUCUUCCUGUACAUUUGUGCAAAAAAAAAAUGCUUUGUGUUUGGUGUGUUUUAUCCUGCUGUGCAAAUAUUAUAUUCAGAGCAAAUGCAUAUAUUUCUGUUUAUCAUCCUGCAGAUCUUUAAU